ACAGUCUUCGGUUCUACGAAAAUAUUGUAUGUAAACAAGGUCAGUCAUACUGCAGCACAGCCUACGCUAGCUAUUGUAAUAGAAGUUACAUUUAAUCGGAAUACUCUCCCGUCUGGAAGACAUCGAAGACUAACAUUACAACAUUCGGACAGGAUCUGAGCAGUUACCAAGAUGAUGCAGUGUUUCCACUUCAUGAUCGAGCCAGCCAAGAACAUUACUGCCAGGCUUAAGGAAUCUCGCAAGAGGGCGAAGAAUGAGAAGAGAGAGUCUUUGGAUGAGAAUCAGCUGUUUAUAAUGGAGCUCGCUAGGGAUCUCAACCGAGUAUGCCUGAGGUCUGAGGUGCUCCAGAACAUCUGGAACCAAGAGGACAUCUGGCCUAUUCCUCUCUGCAGGGCUUUCAUCUUGGACUGGGCCUCAGUGCUGGAGAGCAAGAAGAGGCCCAUGCAGACGGAUGGCUGGCCAGAAAUCAGCGAGGUCAGGGAGCGGGACCUGUUCAGUGAGCAGGACGUGAAGAACGCCAAGGGGACCAUCGUCAACUGGACCAAGGACCUUAGAGCUCAACCUGAGCAGAGUGUUUGGCCUGGGGAAGCCGUGGCUCUGGUUCUGUCCGACCUCCAGGCGGCAUGGAGGAACGGCCGCACGCCCAACCUGCUGACAGCCAUGGAGCUGCUCAUGUGGGUCCUACUGACACAGGGCCUGGACAAGGAGGCCAUCCCUAAACAGUGGCUCAUCUGGAAGCAGAGAACUCAGAAGAUAGGCGCUGUCCGCUACAUUCCUCAUUCAGUGUGGGACUGGAUCUCCAAUGCCGCGGUGGAGAUCUCACUUGACCUGGACACGGCCAACCCUGACCUGCUCAUCUCCAGCGACGAGAAGAGGAUGCGAUGUGGCUUCGUGAGGAAGGAGGUGCCCAACUACCACCAGCGCUUCGAUGGCUGGUGGUGCGCCACCGGGGUGGAGGGCUUCGACUCCGGCCGCCACUACUGGGAGGUGGAGGUGGGCGAGCGAGAUUUCCGGCUGGGCGUAGCCAAGGAGUCCGCCCUGAGGAAGGGCUUCAAGUCCCUGAACACCAACACGGGCUACCUGACCCUGCGCCUGGAGAGGGGCACCGAGCUCAAGGCCCUGACGGUGCCCUUCACUGCCCUUCCCCCGGGCCUCAUCCCGCGCAAGGUGGCCGUCUACCUGGACUACGAGCGCGGCCAGCUGUCCUUCUACGACGUAGACAGCCGCUCGCACAUCUACACCUACAACGAAAGCUUCAACGAGAAGCUGUUUCCGCUGUUCGGCACCACGGAGUUCAAGGACCUGGUGAUCAAGUCCCCUGGGGGCAAGAACCACUGCCUCUGUUCUUCCCUGUGCCUGUGGGGCUGAACCCUCCCCCUCAUGGUCACCAUCACGCCACUGCUGUAAUCACAACCUUACUGUAAAGAACAAGACUAAACGCUAUGGAAUAGCUGUGUGACCACUGACGCUGCUGCCAUUUCUUCCGUGCGGUUGUUUCUGUCCAUUCUUUGCUGAAGUUAUGCUAUGCGCUCACGUGUUCUCUACUUCUCGUUCAUUUGUAAGAAUUCCGUAGAAUUGUCACCCUUGUAAUAUGUAAUCCUGCAAUAACAAAGCACUUUCUGUGAAGAAUAAAUAUUAUGAAACUCA